AUGUUCGCUAAAGAAGAUGUCUUGGUACUAAUAUUGCACCAACUGGAUGCAUACAACUUGAGCAAGAGUACAAAGGCCCUGAAGAAGGAGCUCAAGGAGAGUGGGAUAGACACAGAGAAGGCAGUCGUUGACAUGAGUUUGCAAGAGCUCUUGAACUUGCAAAAAGGAUCAGAUUCGGAGGGUGAUUCUUCUGAGUCUGAUUCUGACUCUGAUUCUGAUUCUGAUUCAAGCUCGAGCUCUGACUCUGAGUCCGACUCUGAGUCCGAAGCGGAGGAAACCAAAGAAGAAGAGAAGAAAGUGAAGGCCUCUGAAUCGCCAGACUCAGGUUCGUCAGACUCUUCGGACUCUUCAGACUCUUCGGAUUCUUCGGAUUCUUCGGAGUCUUCGGAUUCUUCGGACUCUUCAGACUCUUCAGACUCAUCGGACAGCGAGUCUGACAGCGACAAAAAGGAGGAAGAGAAGAAGGAGUCAGACAACAAUUCCAGCUCUAGUUCUAGUGACUCCGACAGCUCGAGCUCGAGCUCAAGCUCCAGCGACUCUAGUGACUCUAGUGACUCGAGUGACUCGGAAGUGGAAGAGAAACAGAAUUCAAAGAAGAGAGCUUUAUCGGAAGACGAAUCAUCCAGCUCAGACUCCGAAAGUGAAGAACCACCAAAGAAGGUUCAGAAAGAUGUUCCAUCGUCUGCCACUGCUUCUCUUUCCUCUGCAGGAUCCCAAUCACCUGAAUUGAAGGGUCAAAGACACCAUUUCUCUAGAAUAGAAAGAGAGAAGAUAUCUUUCGAGGACCAGGCUCUACUCGACAACGGUUACAAAGGUGCUGCCGGUACAUGGGGAGAGAAGGCUAGUGAACGUCUUUUGCAGGUACGCGGAAAGGAUUUCACUAAAAACAAGAAUAAGAUGAAGAGAGGUUCCUACCGUGGAGGUUCCAUCACACUCUCUAGUGGAAGCUACAAGUUUAAAGAUUGA